AGAACUUGUUUGAGAUGUUGCAGCUCUUCAGGUGUGGAAUUUCUGGAGGGAAUUUCCAGCAAAGAGCCUUGACAAAGCGCAUCAUUAUCACCUCACUCCUUGGAUGUCCUUUACUUCGACACUUACAUAUAAAAGUUGGAGACAAAGCUGAACUUACCAAAGCUUUUACACAGAAUGAUGUUGUUACUUUUUCUGAUUUAACAGGUGACACAAAUCCUUUACAUUUAAAUGAAGAUUUUGCAAAGAAGUCUAGAUUUGGGAGAACUAUUGUACAUGGAGUUCUGAUCAAUGGACUUAUUUCUGCAGUUCUGGGUACUAAAAUGCCAGGUCACGGUUGUAUAUUUCUUUCUCAGGAGAUCAGAUUUCCAUCUCCUUUAUAUGUUGGUGAAGAAGUCUUAGCUGCAGCAGAAGUUAAACGACUGAAGAAAUCUGUUGCACACAUUGCUGUAUCGUGUACGGUCAGAGCAAGUGGAAAGACUGUUAUGGAAGGGAUGGUGAAAGUCAUGGUAGAGGAAAAUUAGAGCUUUUCAUCCUAUGCCUCUUAAUAGUAAAGGUCAGAAACAUACGCUUGCUUUUGACUCUGUCUUUUUACAUGACGAUACUUAAUCCAGACGG